AGGUCGCCAUGUUGGCUGGUGUGUGGGUGUCAAACGGAGCGGGACGCGGCGGCGGCGGCAGCGGAGCUCCGCGGGCUCGGGUCGCCCGGAUCUCUUCGGCACUGCGGAUGGAGUGCUAGGUGCUGGGUGCUUAUUGUGAACAAGACAGAUGGCGGUCACCAAGCAUGAGGACCAGAACCCUGUGUCAGAGAUGUGGACCUAACUCUAGCUCUGUCAUGACUAGUUUCUUGGAUCUGAGGCUCCAGAGGAGGAAAUGACUUCAAGGCUCUUACUCCAGCUUGAUUACGGAAACUGGACCUUCGUAGGGCGUGGAUUUACCAAGGAUAGGAAAUUUUCUCUCUUUGAAGGGCUUUAAAUUUGUAACAAAGAAAAAUAAAAAUGACGACUUCAUCUAUCAGACGGCAAAUGAAAAACAUUGUGAACAAUUACUCAGAGGCUGAAAUUAAAGUCCGGGAAGCCACCUCCAAUGACCCGUGGGGCCCGUCCAGCUCUCUGAUGACUGAGAUUGCCGACCUGACCUACAAUGUGGUGGCCUUCUCAGAGAUCAUGAGCAUGGUGUGGAAGCGGCUCAAUGACCAUGGCAAGAACUGGCGGCAUGUGUACAAGGCACUAACACUGCUGGACUACCUCAUCAAGACAGGCUCUGAGCGUGUGGCCCAGCAGUGCCGUGAGAACAUCUUCGCCAUCCAGACUCUGAAGGAUUUUCAGUACAUUGACCGUGAUGGCAAGGACCAGGGCAUCAAUGUGCGUGAGAAGUCAAAGCAGCUGGUGGCCCUCCUCAAGGAUGAGGAACGGCUGAAGGCUGAGCGGGCCCAGGCUCUCAAAACCAAAGAGCGCAUGGCCCAGGUGGCCACUGGCAUGGGCAGCAACCAAAUCACCUUCGGCCGUGGCUCCAGUCAGCCCAACUUGUCCACCAGCUACUCGGAGCAGGAGUAUGGCAAGGCUGGAGGAUCUCCAGCCUCCUAUCAUGGCUCGCCUGAGGCCUCGCUGUGCCCUCAGCACCGCACAGGGGCCCCCCUGAGUCAGAGCGAGGAGCUACAGCCACUGAGCCACCGCCACCCCUUUCUGCCGCACCUGGGGCUGGCUUCCCGCCCAAAUGGCGACUGGGCCCAGCCUUGCCUCACUUGUGACCGCGCAGCCCGAGCAACGUCGCCACGGGUGUCCUCUGAGCUGGAACAGGCCCGGCCGCAGACGAGCGGAGAAGAGGAGCUGCAGCUGCAGCUGGCACUUGCCAUGAGCAGAGAAGUGGCAGAGCAGGAAGAACGUCUUAGGCGGGGUGAUGACCUCAGAUUACAGAUGGCCCUGGAAGAAAGCCGGAGAGAUACAGUUAAAGUUCCAAAAAAGAAAGAGCAUGGCUCCCACCCACAGCAGACUACUCUUUUGGACUUAAUGGAUGCUCUCCCCAGCUCUGGCCCUGCUGCCCAGAAAGCGGAACCCUGGGGCCCGUCAGCAUCUGCUAACCAGACCAACCCCUGGGGUGGGUCAGCUGCUCCUGCAAGUUCUUCAGAUCCCUGGCCGUCAUUUGGUGCCAAGCCGGCGGCCUCUGUGGACCCAUGGGGACCACCCACUACAGCCAGCACACACUCUGUUCCCCAGAGCUCUGACCCGUGGGGAGCUUCACAGCCACCUGCUCCUAGUGCUGGGAAAACAACGGAUGCCUGGGGUGCAACCUCAGUUGGCAAGCCAGUAUCUGCCUCGGGGUCCUUUGAGCUCUUCAAUAAUUUCAAUGGUACAGUUAAAGAUGACUUUUCUGAAUUUGACAACCUCCGAACUUCAAAAAAAACAGCCGAGUCUGCGGCCUCUCUGCCAUCCCAGAGCAAUGGAACUGCAAGCCCUGACCCCUUUGAGUCUCGCCCUCUGACUGUUGCCACGAGAAAGCCCAGCAGUGCCCGGAAAACACCCGAGUCCUUCCUAGGCCCCAACGCCGCUUUGGUGAACUUGGACUCACUGGUGACCAGGCCGACUCCACCAGCCCAGUCCCUUAACCCCUUCCUAGCCCCAGGUACCACCACCACCUCGGCCCCUGCUAACCCCUUCCAGGUGAACCAGCCCCAGCCACUGACGCUGAACCAGCUGAGGGGGAGCCCAGUCCUGGGGAGCAGCACAUCCUUUGGGCCUAGCACUGGGGCAGAGCCCAUGGCUGUGGCCCCCAUGACCUCAGCAGCCCCCCACCCAGUUUUGGGGGCCAGUGGCUCCACUUUGACACCACUGGGCCCCACAGCAAUGAACAUGGUGGGCAGUGUGGGCAUGCCUCCGUCGACAGCACAGGCCACCGGCACAACCAACCCUUUCCUUCUCUAGUGCUCUGGGUCUGAGCCCCAGAACAAACGCCCAGAGCACCCGUGCCAGGGGACACUGAGCAAAGACUCUGUGUGGGGUGGUGGCUGAGAGCAUGACAUGGGGGUAUUGUGGCCUUUGGUUCUAGCUUUCUGGUAAAAGGAUUGUCCUUUAUAGCCCUGGCCCUCAGACUUGAAUGGCUGGGCCACUUGCCUUUCGCUGAAGUGACCAGGCUCCUCUGAGGCCUUGGAUGUGGAAUGAAGUUGUCAGUGUUGUCCUCAUCCCCAGCCUCAGCCAAGGGUCCCUAAACGCUGCUCAGUCCAGAACUUGGGACAGUCACCUUGGCUCUGCCCCCCAUGGCCUGGCCCCAGUCCUGGGUAUGGACGGAAAGAAGCGCCAGCCCCAUUCGACACUGACCUUGGAGAAGUGGUUGUGCAUAUUUUUUUUUUCCUUUGACUCACGUGUGAGCUCAAAGUAAACACUACCACCAUGGACAACUUUUGAUUAAAUCCACUAGAGCAAGCUUUAAAACUAAUCUGAGCAUAACCCUGCCACGUGGCUCUAUGCUUAUACACGUUUGCACAUAUUUUGUUUAGUACAGUUUCAUAUUUGAGUUUGCAGAAUUAUCUGAUAGUCUUUUUUUGGCUAAUAUUUUUAUAACGUGGUUCUUAUUUAACUGUCUAGUUUUGAUAGAAUUUACCAGGUCUGGCUGAAUUAAGAUCUUGGCACAUGUCAUUUUAGUGGUUUAAAUCCUCUUAUUUAUGGUUUUAACUCUGUAAGAAAACUUAAAAAGGAAGAGAUGUUUGGAUGACAAAAACAUGCCUUAUGGAAAACCUACAGCAAAUUCUUUAUAGGAAAAAUAUGAGAAUUUGAUUACACAAAAAAAGGUGUUUAUUUAAGGAAAAAAACCACCCUCCCCUAGUAACAGAAACUUGCAGCCUCCAGUUGCCUUUUCCUUUCUGUCUCCCUUUGUGGUGAGCUACCAGACCAGUCUGCUCUCAGCCCUUUUGCCUAGACCCUGAGAGAGGCUUUAUUUCUUACUAGUGUACCGACAUCCUGAAAGACAAAAGAAACAAAUCUAACCUAUGAAUGUGACUCAUCAGUUUUUAUCAGCUAAUUCCUUUCCUGAUUACAGGCACACAGGGAUUAAUAGGGACUUCUGUUUACAGUGUGUGGGAGGUGGAGGGAGCGCCUCAGCCUUGCACCUGUGCUGUCCUCUGACUCAGUCCUCACUCAGGUUAACAGGGGGACCAGUAGAAACAGUGGCUGUCCUGGGUAGGAGUGGUGCUGUGCCCACAGGUCCCUGGAGACCGCCCCAGACUGAAGUGGGGGUGAGGGACCAGGGCUUGCUUUGAACCAUCUACCUGCCAGCUCCAGACACAGGUUGCAGGCUGAGAAGUAGUCAUCUCUUAUUUUGGAGAUGAGAAAAUUCAUUGUCACCUAGGAUAGAUUUUUAACAAAUAUGCACUAAUAUUAUCUCCCUUUUCCAACCUCCUGCUGUCCUCAGCCUACUCACCACUGUGGAAAAAAAGUAUUAAGUCCCAAAUUAUAAACCAGAGAAGACUUGUUUUUCCCCAGGGAAGGGACAGUUCCCAAGUCCUGCUGUAUGUCCUGGCAGCCUAGUGGGUAUUUCUGGCUCGCUUUGCAGUGCAGACUUCUACCCUCCAGCUCUAAGGGUGGCUGACCACCUGGCUGCCCCUCUCUGGUCCCAGAGAUUUGCCCCUUAGCACCCGCCCACGAGGGAUUGCAGUGGUCCCUGGACUGCAGGAGGCCAUGACGGCUCUGAGUGAGGAUUGCUCUGAGUGCUGUAUGAGAUGCCCCCACUUCCCUUGCUGGCAGGCCUGAGUUCCCAACCAGCCACCCUUCCCAGAACUGCAGGCCUGUGCCUGGCCUUAGGCUCCAGUGUCAUUCAGAAAGGUGUAGCUCUGGAGGAGGGUACCUGCCCACGACAGUGCUUUCCCUCCAGGUGUGGAGCCUGGCAGCCUACAGGUCAGUGCACCAGACCCAGCUCCUGGGGUCAGUGAUUCUUCUGUAAUAGGCAAAAGUCCUUCCUGACAUGACUGAGGCCCCAGCACGGCAACCACUGGGCUGCCAGGCCCAAGAAGACAGCCCCUUGCCCCGCGUCCUGGCACAGGCUGACUUGAGCGCACAUUGUCCUGUUGCCUGCUGCACUGAUCAUGAAGCCACCGGCUGCUGCCGCACGUGCCACCGUGCCCUCCUGGUGAGCACCCUAGAGGAGGAUGUCACCCAGCCAUGCCUCAGUCCCGGGUCGGGGGCUGGUUUUGAACUUGUGUUGACUGUUGAUACUUAUUUACUUUAUAAAUAUAAUUUAUCAUUUGUAUCAUGA